AAAACCUACACUAGAAACGCCUCGGAUGGCCCCGUUGCCUGAUUCUAGACUACAAGCUUUCGUACGACCCUUUUCGUAUGUGGGCGUGGACUAUUUCGGACCAAUCUCUAUACGUGUAAAUCGAAGUACUACCAAACGUUGGGUGGCAUUAUUCACUUGUAUGACCACCCGAGCCGUUCACCUCGAGGUCGCACACACACUUUCAACGGAAUCAUGCAAGAUGGCGGUAAGACGAUUCAUCGGACGUAGAGGUGCUCCAGUGGAAAUCCGCAGCGACAGAGGUACAAACUUUGUUGGUCUGAGCAACGAACUAAAACAACAGAUAACCCUAAUUGACGGACAACUCGCGGAGACCUUCACGAACGCAAAUACAAAGUGGGUAUUCAACCCACCUGGAGCGCCUCACAUGGGUGGAACAUGGGAGCGCCUGGUGCGAUCCGUGAAAACUGCACUCGCUGCAAUGGGCAGUAACAGAACACCUAACGAAGAGACGCUUAUGACGGUAUUAGUGGAGGCGGAAAGCCUGGUGAAUUCCAGACCAUUGACAUAUAUCCCUUUAGAGACCGAACAACAAGAGGCAUUGACUCCAACCCACUUUCUUUUUCUGAACUCUAGCGGAGUGGUACAAGCUCCGAAAACUCAGAUCGAGCCAAAGCAAGUUUGCAGGAGUGACUGGAAUCUGUGUCGAGCUAUGGUGGAUCAAUUCUGGAGGCGUUGGAUACGAGAAUACCUACCUACAAUCGCUCGUCGAACCAAAUGGUUUGAAGACGUAAAACUGAUCGAAGUCGGGGACUUGGUCUUUAUUGUCAACGAAAAAUUCCGUAGUGGAUGGGUAAGAGGUCGUGUAGCGAAGAUUAAUAAAGGCCGGGAUGGAAGAGUUCGCGAUGCGGUGGUACAAACGGCAGACGGAAUGGUACAUCGACCGGUGACAAAAUUGGCGCGGUUGGAUAUCACUGGCGGUAAAGCCGGUCUGGAUGGAACCUAGACCAGCCUUACGGGUCGAGGAACAUGUUGCGGCGUAUCGCACCGAACCCAGAGGUGGUGUAAAUAAACGGCGCAAUGGAAAAAGCCCAGCUAUGCUAGAUGUCAUAAUAAGAGAGGAAGAAGAAAAACUAAAUGGUUGAAAGCAAGGAGUUUAAAUAAUAGAAUAAAUUAGAGAAUUAUAGUAAAGAAGUUGGAGGAAAGGAAGAGUAAAGGUAGACCAAUCUUUUAGCGAUUGAACUGCAACGUUCGUGGCAUUUCUGCUUAAAAGAAGCCGAAAACACUCUACCCCAACAAAUGCUGAUGCAGCCAGAGGAG